CACUGGGCAGAGAGAUCGACAACUGUUUGCGCAGCCACCCCAAUUAUAGCUGCCUGGACGGCAGGUGUGGACAUGGCCAGGCCCGAAAGAGCGAGAAGGAUCUCAUACCGCUCAAAUAUGGGAAAAUGGUAUAAUAGCGGCCUCUCAAUACUCGAGUGUUAUUGGAUCAUCAUCAUAUGUUUCUGGUCUCUACUCUAUAGGAAAGCUUUGGAUGGAUUCUUUCUCCGGAACUCGAAUUCCGCUUACUAUUGCUACCCCAUAAAACCAUCAAAUGCCUCGUCUUACCAAACGGCUCCGCUGUGCCAAGUCGAAAUUGGCGUGAGACUAAAUGAAAUACCGGCGUCGUCAUCACUAGUGUACACUCAGCAAGAAAGUUUAAAAAAAAAAACACCGCUGAGCCAUGUGCUAGACACCGGCUUUUAAUCGAAUGAAAUCCAGAGCUCAUCGCGCUAUCUCUAUCCAUGUAGAUCUUAAUAUCGUCGACACAGGGCUGGUUUCUAUAAUGCUUAUUGAGUACCUUGUUGCUCGAUCAGGAGUUG